AUGUCAGAUCAAGAUGCUAACUCUAAAAAUACUCUAUAUCUCUAUAUCUCAAUGCUUGUGAUGCUCAUUACAGGUGCUGGAAACACAAUUCUUCUGAAACUUCAGAUAGAAGUAAGGGAUAACAAUGGUAACAGAUAUAAGCAUCCUUAUUUCAGCUCGGUCGAUGUUUUCAUAGCUGGAUCUUUAGGGCUAGUUCUCUUCUCUGUAUAUAAAUAUUUGGUGGUUAAGAAGCAUGGAAGUUUUAGCAACUCGCCUGAUGUUAUUAACGCUGUACAGAGUGGGAAGAAAGAGUAUAUACAUUGGAUCUGGCUUGUGAUCCCAGCCUUCUGUAACUUCUGCGCAAUUCCUUUAAUGAACCUAGGACUUAUUAUGAUCAAUGCCAGUGUUUAUCAGAUGAUGAGAGGGGGUCUGAUCUUUAUUACUGCAGUAUCAGCAAUCAUAUUUUUAAAAGCUAGGUUGCACAGACAUCAUUGGACUGCUUUGACAGCUAUCAUUAUGGGAGUCACUUUAGUAGGCCUCUCAUCUGUUCUGGGCACCAAUUCAAAGAAUUCAAAUAUUGUGUUAGGUAUAUGAUUGUUACUCAUCUCUCAAUUCUUCUCAGCUACUCAUUGGAUUAUUGAAGAGAAGAUUUUAAAGACUCAUUAUAUCCACCCUUUUAGAAUGGUAGGUUGGCAAGGAAUUUGGAGUUUAUUGAUGACAACUAUUAUGGUAAUUAUAGCCAAUUUCAUUAAAUGCGAUGCUGCCUACUGAUCAGAUGGCCGUUUGGAGAAUGUCCCACUUGCUAUCACGCAGAUGAGAGAGAAGCCAAUCAUAAUAAUGUAUCUAAUCUUACUUAUUAUCUGAAUUUGUGCUUUUCAAUGUAGUGGAGUUUAUACAACCAAAUAUGGCUCUUCGGCUCAGAGAUGUACAAUAGACAUUGCCAGGAUCAUCCUAAUCUGGGGAUUCUUCCUUGCUUAUCCAGGUGAAGGGCAUGAAAGUUUUGAAUAUAUUGAAUUCAUUGGGUUCAUAGGGAUUAUUAUUGGGACAAUUAUCUACAAUGAAAUUUAUGUUCCUCCUAUCCUUGGGUUUGCUCAGAACACAAAAGCCAAUAAGGCAAAGAGAGAUAAACAGAAUGGCCAAUUCACACUCAUGGAGGAAGACAUGGAAGAUGCCCCAGAUGCCCAGUUACCUCAAAAGCAAACUGAGGUGCAUCUAAAUGGGUCUUCAGAUAGCUCUACUAAACCUUUCAUGGAUAGUGUGAGCAAUAAAGACUCUUAG